AUGAAAUCAACAGAUGUCAAGAAGGACAGUCAAGCGAAAUCUCCUCAUUCAAGGCCAUCUUCUGCGGCGAAAAGUGAUUAUUUUAGCUGGGACAAAUAUUUGAAAGAGACUGGAUCUGUAAGUGCUCCUUCAGAUUACUUCAGACAGGCCAAGACUCCACCAACUAAUGACUUCAAAGUUGGUAUGAAAUUGGAAGCCCGUGACCCUCGCAAUACUGCUUCAGUAUGUGUUGCUUCAGUUAUUGCAAUUACAGGGGCCAGAUUACAUUUACGACUGGAUGGCACUAUGCAGUUAUCAUGUGGGAAGUAUUAUCCAGAAAACAGCCAUUUGAAGGCUUUUUUCCUGAUAUCUAAUUUAAAAACAGGGUAUCGGAUGAACAUUUCAUCAUGGUGUAUGUUUUUAUUACGGACAUUAACUGGAUCUGAGCUGGCACCUGCAGUGUUCUUUAAGGAG